GUCAUAGGUUGGUUGUACCUCCUCUCUACAAUAUUUGCAUUGUGAGAAAGUAUGUUGAAAGUGGCCUGUAUAAGUUGUACAUAUUUUUUCACGACCGGUGAUUAUAACACAUCGUUGGCCUUGUGAUUUAAGUGUGAUAUGAUUUAUUUCCGACUGUUUUGUGUAUAUUUACAACGGAAUUGCGAACUUCUCAGUGAAAUGUAGUGUUGAUGGAGGGAUUGUUGUGCUAAUCAAGGAAUAUAUAAUAUUAUAUAUAUGUACCCAUUGGAAAACAGACUUGGCCGGAUCCUACAUAAUCGGGAGUCCAAUCAACAUAGGAGAAGAAACUGAAUGGCCGAAUUCUUUAGAGAAGACCGCCCAAGAUGACAAAGAACGGCGAGGAAAACGAGCAGGAGUGGAAGCAGGAGGCUGCUGCAGCAGAAGCAGGGCAGAAAGAGGGUCACGAGGAACUGAAAGAAGAGUCGACCGGGGAUGAGCAGUUGUCCAACAGCAGAAUGGCGCAUCUGCUGGCCGUGUACCAGAGCAAGGUGCAGGACAGCAAGAGGGUCAUCGCGAGGCUGAAAAGGCAGAAGGAUUCCCAGCUGCAAGCAGUGAUCAGCCAGCUGCUCCUGCUCGAGGCUCAGUUGAGGAAGGAGCAGAAGGGUAUCGUCAGCGAACUGGCUCAGCGGGACCACGUCAUCCUCGCUCAACGUCAGGAGAUAGACCGUUUGAGAAGAGAUAACAGAAGGCUGAUAAACAAGCUGAAGAAGAUGAGCGAGGUGUGCGCCGAGGAGCCUGACCAGGUGGAACCCAGGCUGAAGAUGAGUCGGGUCGAGCCCUGCGAGGAGAGCACGAUGCCGGCGGCCGCCGUCCCGAGACAGAAUCAGUCCGCGGCCUCGGGGUCGCCUCCCAGCCGCAAGUCUUCAUCGGGCAUGAUCCGCGUGGCGACCAGUGUGUCACAACUGAUCAAUUGCAGUAGUGAGUCCAGUUUUUUGAAACCUCAGCAAAUGCUCAACGACAUAAAUGUCAGCAACCCCGUCACCCACUCGACAGCAGAGACCGUGAACCCCAAUGUCGCAUCCGUGCGGGCAACCACCGACCGUGUGUUUCACAAACCACCCAUCGCCGAGAAGCCCCGAGUCACCAGCCGGGUCGCCAGGGGCCAGCACGGCAACCUCAAGGGCCAGCAGCACCUGGUGAGAAGUUACGGAGGAAAGCAGUGCACCAUUGUAUCAACUAUCAGUCGCCUGUUGGAGGAGGAGUCUGAUGCGACGACCACCGGCAGCUCCGGCAGCAGCGAGCCCUCUUCCCCUGAGGCAACCCUGAAGCUGGUCACUCCAAGAGUCAUACGUCUUGCAAAGCAGUACGAGGAAGGGCUCAGCUCCAACUCGCAAAAUAUGCACAUCUACAACAACCAGGGCUCUGCGGAUUCAUCUCCUGAGUCGCUCAGACACGAAGACCGAAAUUCCAAAUCGUAUAUCAUGGAUGAAUAUGAGGUAACGAGCGGUUACAACAGUGAUGCCAUCAGCGACCACGAGUAUGAGAAUAUUCGUGUUUUAACUCAGGGAAGUAGUGACAUUUCUAGUAAACAUGGAAAGGAUGAAAGUCAAGAUGAAGAAGAAGAUAAUUAUGUUGUCUUGAGAGCUGUCAAAGAGAACCAGGAGACAGGAAACUGGGUGGAUGUCCCUGAGGACCAGCAUAUAUAUUCCAAUGUUGAAUUUGCCUCUGGGCUCAUGGUUAAGGAAGUGGAUGAAGACACAGAAAAGGAAUCGGAAACGUCUAUGGAGGAAAAGGAUGAGCAGGACACCUCAAGCACAGGAUCCAAGAGCAGUUUGCAUGGGGAAGGGAAAAACAAAGUUCUAGAAACAAACUUAGAUUCCUUGGAUUCAUCUCCUUCUGAAAAUCAAAUGCUUUCUGAAAGUCUACGCACUGCCUUGAAUGUCCCUCGGUCACGACACAACAUAAACCUCAUCAUGGAAACCGAUGGGGACCACAUGACUGAGAACUUCGAAGAGUUCACCCUUGACUCUCUGGAGCUGGAGGAGGAGCAUGAUGAUGGGGACAGAGGCAGAGGGAAGGAAAACCUGCCAAUUUCAGAACAGCGGAGAUGCGGCGACGGAGCUGAAACUAAGCUUGACAACAAGAUGAGAGAAGAGGCUAAGAAUGACGGCAACGCCAACAGUGCAUCAGCAGCCAUUGUAAUAUCAUCUGGACAAUAUGAAAAAUUCUUAGAGGCUACUGGUCUGAGCCAAAAAUCAAUACUGACUCCAACGCGAAUGUUUUCUAAUCAUAGGUCUAUGCUGAAGCCCCGAGACAUCAAGCAUCGCAACAAGCUCCGCGCAGCAUUCACCACCCUCUCCACACUGGAGGAAACGCCAGGCUCUGGCGGAGUUUAUAAAUACUGGACAGAGCCCUACCUAUAAACCCUACCUCAUUUCUCAUAUGUUGCGUGACUAGCUAUGAUGAGUCUUAGCUAUGGAUUGAUUUGGGGUAAUUUUCCCAUUACGGUUAAUGGAAAAUUAGGCUUAAAGUAAUCUAGCAUAAGGCUCAUGGUUGCUGUAAUGUAGCAUAGUUUGAGAUUAAUUAACAUUAGUGCGAUUGCUUAAGAUUACCAGUGUACAGUAUUUCAGAGAUUGUGAACUCCAGUCAUAUGUGAUCAGUUUAAACAUGCGGUCACUUGAUCAAGUAUCAUUGUCUCUAUUUUUUCUCUCUCUCUCUCUCUCUCUCUCUCUCUCUCUCUCUCUCUCUCUCUCUCUCUCUCUCUCUCUCUCUCUCUCUCUCUCUCUCUCUCUCUUUAUUUUUUUUCUUUCUGAUACAACUACUCACUCUUUUAUACUUCAUAAUUGAAAUUAAAAUAACUACUGCAAGCAUCUCCACUGCCCUUCCAAAUAAGUUUUCUAUCACACAGUAAUGAGAGAGUUUCUGUAUGUACUUUUUCUGUAUGUAUAUUUUGUUUAUUAUGUGCAGAUGAAUUCGUUAUUUUGUAAUUAAACACAUGGGAAUGCACUCAGAAUUUUGUAAUUAAACACAAAGGUAAAUCCACUGCCUGUAAUAUCUCACGUUUGAUCCACAGACUGUAUCUGACUGUAUUUCAGGAGAAACUUUUCAUUUGUAAAUUAUGGUGUUACUCACUAUUAUUCUGAUUUCACUGUUUCUAGGACAAUUUACUGUAAAACCUUACAUGACCAUUUCUCCAUAUCUGUAAAGUGAAAGAGAUAGAAAAUAUGCACAAUUGAAUACUUUUUUUCUCACUUCCUCCCUCCAAUCAUUCAUGGAGGUUUGCUGGGAAAGUGAUGAAAGUAUUAUUAGAAAACUUGCCUCUGUAGUUAUAUUCAUCACUGUGAAUGUAUUACUCACAUGGGCUAGCAUGUGAAUGUUAUUUAAAUUAUCUUCUCUAUGCUGAGGCAUUAGUAUGCACCGUAUCAAUGCCUGAAUCUAUCUACUGUAUUUGUAGACUAAGCACGAAUGUAGCCUAUGAUAUUCAGGAAAUUGUCAUGUAAUUGUUUAUUGAAACCCAUUUAAGUAAUCUGAUCUGCACUUCAUAUAUGAUUGUGACUGAAUGUAAUUCUAUGGCAUUUCAGCCUUAAGCAAAUAUGUCAUAUCAACUAAGAUUUAAAAAUGAAAAUUCAUUUUGUCAAGAGAAUAUGAAAGGUAGUGUUAUCUAUAAAUAAAGUUUUUUUUUAUUUCAUGAUGAGCAUCAAGUGGAGUAUAUAUACUCUUAAACAAGUAAAAAAAAAAUCUGCACCAUUGUUUUUUUAGGAGAGCAAAUAUUUCUCAAGUAUUGCACUUACUGUUUCUCAUUUGCCAAAAAACACACUUACACACGGAGAAACUAUAUUUACUUUUCUAACCAGUAUUAUGAGAAAAUAAGGUUUUAGUCUUACCCUAGCAUUUCCUGCUGCGUUGGUCUCUUUGAGUGAUAUCAAGACUAAACAGUUUAAAUUCCUUAUCGUGCAAUUAAGAUAUUGAGGCACAAAGCAUCAAACAAUCACAUUUUUUCUAAGUCUCACUAGUCUUGGCAGAUUGCCAUCUUUCGUUAUUUCAUCUGUUUGAUCUUUCUCUUGUUUUUCAAGAGCACUCCUGUAAAAUCUACUUAUGCUCAAAUUUUGGUAGCUACACCAUAGAUAUUUGUGUAAGAUGAAAAAUAUUUAUAUUAACCUAAGUAUAUCCCAAGCAAUUGGCAACACCUAAUUCUUUGUCAGCUGCAAACCUAAAAAUAAUUUCUUUUUUGUAAUAAUGAAACUGUAAUUAACCAAUCAUCAAUGUAUAUAAAAAUCUAUCUCUUGGCAUUUGCCGUGUGAAAUUGUCAAAUAAUUAUAUCUUUAAUAAAUUUAUUGAAUAUUGUG